AUGACGCUUUCUUCCUACCAUCGAUCAGAGGAGCCUGCUCCGACCUCGGCGCCAUACCCAUCAAUGUCUGCACAGCAUGUGCAUCACAGGCCGGCACCAUAUAUGACAAUGCCAGGACCGUUGCCACCACCACCCCAGCCGCCGUCCACGCAAACCUACGCUGGUCCGACGUCACAGGCGCCAGAGGACGCUCAGCCAUUCGCCUCGCCCAAGUCUCAACGCAAGACGAAGGGCCAUGUUGCUUCAGCAUGUGUACCGUGCAAGAAAGCUCAUCUCCGAUGUGACGCCCGACGACCGUGUUCAAGAUGCCUCAGCAAUGGCAAAGAGGACGCGUGCAUCGACGUCCAACACAAGAAACGUGGACGGCCGCGCCUGCGAGACGACAGGGAAGGCCGUUACGCUCCUUCCACGUACUCGCAUCCCCAAGAUGCUGCGAUUAGGAGGCCGUUGAGUCUGUACUCAUCUGGCGGACCGGUUUCAGGGUACGAUGAUCCACUCCGGCGUGUCAACUCAUACCGCAUUCUAAAAUCUCAACAAAGCGAGCCCAUCGCGCCCAGAUACCUUGAGCGAGCUUCUGCGAGCGAAGCCAGCAUGUACCCGCCGCCGUUGGCCAUCCCGUCCUCGGCCGCUGAGCCGGUGGCUUUCCUCAACCUUGACAUGGAGGUAGUGAAGGCGUCCCCAACCUUCAUGGAUGCCAUUGGCAUCUCCAACAUUCGGGGAAGGGCAUUAUUCGACCUCGUGACCCCUUCAGAACGGACCAAAGUGCAGGGUCACCAGCUCGUCGUUCAGGAGGAGCGUAGUCGAAAAGAUCCCAUGUACCUUCCGCCGAUUUUUGGAAAGCAGGAGGAAGAGCGCGUAUUUGAGACUCUCCGCUUCGACGCCGACGAGUUGGCGCGCAUCCAGAUGGAUAGAAGAGACAUGCUGGCGUUUGCUGCACCGGGCGGCCAGCUGAGAUCGUUUCUUGUCCGUUUCGGCUCAGCCAAACGGGACUCCACCUAUUUCAUCGCAUUGAUGCUGGUGCUCCCGCCAGGCGAUCCAUAUGCCACGACUUCGCCUCAUGCGAGGGAGGUGCACUACGGGUUUCAGCCCUGGUAUAGGUUCUGGGAUGCCUUCGUAUGCGGCGUCCCCAACCAGGCCUGA